GCGGAAUCCCGCAGCUGUGGAGUGUACAGGAAUCUCUUGAAGUUAUGGCUCCAGAAAUAUGAAGGACGCCGUCUAACCCGUCGAGGAGUUAGUUUACUCGGGUCGCUCUUCGCCAUGGCCUCUGUAGCUGUCAGCUUGGCGGCUCAGAGCAUUCAGGGGCAUCGCAAGUCCUUCUCCUUGCUCUUCUAUCGGGCUGUGCGGGACCUGAAACCGGUCUGGAUGCUGGAGGACAUGCGGACGAUGGAGACUUUUUACCAGGAGGAGGACGCCAGCCAAAGGAUUUAUACCCCGUCGGAGGCGUUACUCUACGCUGUAGUUCACGAUCACCAGGCGUACGCCCAGUACCUGCUCAGCCGGUACACCGUCGAAGCGCUAGCAAAGCCCGGGGAGCGCUUCUGCUGCUGCCCGUCCUCCGCCCCACACCUGGCCAUGGCUGUCCGCUACGACAGGCGCUACAUUCUCGGCCUUAUCUUACAGGAGAUCCACCGGAUACCCUUCGGGACCUCCUACACGGACCGAGCUGGGUGUUUUCACUUGGAGGACGGGAGAACCCCUUUACAUCUGGCCUGCGAGCUCAUGCGGCCCGAGGCGGUCGUCAUGCUUUUGGGGAACGGAGCGUCCCCGCACGCCCUGGACCAAAGUGGCUUGACGCCGCUGGAUGUCAUUCUGGAAAAACUCAGGGACUCCAAGGAGGUGAACGGCGGGGAGAGAAGGCAGUGUCUGGACAACCUGCUCAUGUUCAUGCCAAAGGUUCACUUUAAGAUGAAAGGGGCUCUGAGCAGAGAGCCGGAGCGCUGGAGCGAGGUGCUGGGUGAGGAGACGUACAAGUACCUGGCUGAAAGAAGCCCGGCGCCGCUGGUCCUUGCUGCUAUGCAGACUAUUCUGAAGCAGCUCAGCCCUGCGACCUUCCCGGACAGCCUGCAUGAGCUGCCCAUCCCCUCCUCCCUUAAACCACCGGGUCUGCCUGUGACACAGCGGGACAGGCAGAGGAUGGUGUAGCAUUAGUAUAACAUGAAGCAUGCUCCAGUAUGAAUAAUGUUCUAUUUUAGCAUUUUGUGUGUGUGUGUGUGUGUGUGUGUGUGUGUGUGUGUGUGUGUGUGUGUGUGUGUGUGUGUGUGUGUGUGUGUGUGUGUGUGUGCGCGGCUAUAAAGCAGUAACACUUAAUUUUAGGGCUGCACAAAUAAACACUGUCAGGAAACAAAUGAUUGAAUCUUAUCUUAAGAUGUGACUUUUAUCACACUGUUUGGCCCACUGAUUACAUUUACUUGGAGCUGGAGGUUGAUUGGACUGUAGUGGCAGUUUGAAGGGCAGCCAGCAGUGGGAAGACCAGGAAUAAACAGCCAUAUUCUUAAACCUUUUUACACAAAUUCGGGCAUUAUUAAACAGUUUAUUUGUCUUACCUCAUUGUUAAGUGUUACCUACUGAUGCUAACGUUACUGCUUUUUAAGCCACUGUAUCCUAUCAGAGGAGUAGACCAACGCCAGUCAACCGUCUACAUGAACUCUGCUAAUCUUGAUUUUAAUUUAUUUGGGUUUUAUUUAACAGUAAUGUUCAAGAAAGGGAUCGUAUAGAUCAGUGAUCUUCAACAGGGGGUCCGGGACCCCUAGGGGGUCCUCAGAGUCAGUGCA